CUCUCCUCCUCCUCCUCUCUCUCUCUCUCUCUCUCUCUCUCUCUCUCUCUCUCUCCAAACCUGACAUGAAACUGGAGCUCCAUCACGAAACCGACGAGAUGUGCCGCACAAUCCAAGUCGUCGGAGACGUCCUCCACCUCUCCCCGUCCGUCGCCUCCGCCGCCGCCGCUGACGGAGGAGAAGAGUGCGCCGAUGAUCUCUUCAUGCCUCCGCUCAACUUCGCCAUGGUCGAUAACGGCAUUUUCCGGUCCGGCUUCCCCGACUCCAGCAACUUCUCCUUCCUCCAAACCCUAGGCCUCCGCUCCAUCAUAUGUCUGUGUCCGGAGCCGUAUCCAGAGACGAACGUGGAGUUCCUUAAGUCGAAUGGGAUUAAGCUUUUUCAAUUUGGGAUCGAAGGCUAUAAGGAGCCUUUUGUAAACAUCCCGGAGGAUACAAUCCGUGAAGCACUAAAAGUUGUCCUUGAUGUAAGGAAUCACCCGAUCUUAAUUCAUUGCAAAAGAGGGAAGCAUCGAACUGGUUGUGUGGUUGGAUGCUUGAGAAAACUGCAGAGGUGGUGCCUCUCAUCUGUUUUUGAUGAGUACCAGCGUUUUGCAGCUGCCAAAGCCAGAAUUGCAGAUCAGAGGUUUAUGGAGAUGUUUGAUGUUUCUAGUUUGAAACAUGUACCAAUGCCAUUUUCAUGUUCGAAGAGGUAAAAUCAGCCAGUAUUAUUGAUGGCUUUUGCUUCUUCUUUCUUUAGGUGAAGAAGAGAGUUAUAGGAUCUACUGUAGAAUAAACAGGAAAAAGUGAUGACUGAUGAGUUCCUAGUAUGCAUUUCUGAGGAAGGAAUUGUUCUUGUUUUUUCCUUAUUGAAAUAAAUAAAUUCUACAUAAUAGCACUUUGUGUGCUUUGAGUGUUACAACCCCUUUUUCGUUAAAUCUCACUCAACCCUCUCCACUUUCCCACCUUCCAAACUUUAGUCCUCCUAUCCUUUUCUAUCCAGUUUGUUACUAAUUAAGAUUGCAACAAAGGGUGAUUGUGGUUGUGGACACUAGAUAUGCCCGGAAUGGUUCUUCAAAUUCAUGGUUAGCUCGAGUUAAAAGUAUAACAUUGGUCAUCCCCGGAAGGUUUUGGUCUUCUCCGCUUUAUCUAGAAGGCAGUGUGCCUACCCAUGACUCCUGAUUGGGUAGUCAAGAGAGUGCAUAAUAGUUAUCCUAAAACCAUAUUCUGUAAAGCCUCUCCUUAUUUAACUCUAUGAGUUUUUGUAUGAUGCUGAAUUUGUGAGUUCAUAUAAGUCUGUCAAAACUGCCCAUAUUGGACUCCAGCCUUGUUAUUGGAGUUCAACUGGUAAUACUAUAUUUCAUAGUAUUUCAAAUAAGAACAAGGAUGAACUUCCUUUUUGUAGUUCUAUGCAGUGUUCAUUCUGAAAGUAUUAGCACAGAUAUCUGUAUUAUUUAAUGCUUCCUUUGCGUAGGGAUUAAUGUGAACGAGUCAAGUAACUUGGAAACCAAACAAUGCACAUCAAAUAGAGUAAUUUGUGAAUCAGGAUAGGUAUGU